AUGUCCGCGACUCCGCCGCUGCCACCUGCAUUCGGUCCACCAGUGCGGUCGGGCCUGGGCAGCUUCAGCACGGACAGCUGCUCAACCAAAGUUUCUGAAGCCACCACGAAGCUGUUCGAAUGUUUGGCGCGCGCCUCCUUGACUGACACUGACGAAACGAGUUCGCUCAUCAGCCGCUGUGGUUGCUACAACUCUCUAAAAACAUCGACGGAGGAAUGCGAGGAUGUUCUGCGAGUCAACAAGGGCGCAGUGCUUCGAGAUUUCUUCGAGGCUCAGGCAGAUGAAAAGACCACGACCUACUGCAAACAGUUGUGGUCUGAAUGGGAUUUUCGCGACCAAGUUCACUGGUGGGAGUCUUCAGAACUUCGCUUGUGUAUCUUUCUGGUCGUCGUUGCUUUGCUCGUCACCUGUCUUUGGAUUUACCGCGAUGUGGCUUGGAAAAACUUAAUUACGCCGCGACGACUUUCGAGCGCGAAAACAGAUCGGCGCAACCUCGAGUAUGAAUGCAAGAGGUGGUGCACGAGAUCGUGA